AUGAAGAAGUUUGAGUUUUCAUCAAGAAAUAACGAAAGUGAAGUAUUUUCGGGUCGAGAUUUUUACAAUGUUUAUAAAGAUGCGGAGUUCCUGCGUCACAGUGAAAAUGUAGAGGCCAUAUUAGCGAAAGGAUAUGAAUUAAGGAAUAUGUUGAAGCAGGUCAAGCCAGGGGAACUAGUUGCUUUAAAUGGAAUGAUGCUUGAACGGAACACUCCUUUGUUCGUAAAGAAAACAGGACCAAAUAUUUCAGUUGAGAACUAUGAGUUUACUGCAAAUCGUCUCAGUGGCUUGGCAGCUGCUUAUGCGUUUGAGAAUAGAUAUAGAUUUCCGAUUCUGACAUCAACUGAAGCCCAACUAUUGGGAUUAGCUUGGGAUAAUGGGAAUAUGCAAAAAUGUAAAUUGUAUUUAUCAGCUGUAAGUGGCACAGAACACUUUUAUGAUCAGUUUCAAUUUUGGCCUCUUGUGUGUGCUCUGCGUAAACUCCACAAAAACAAAAUGCCAAAGGAACCCAUAAUUAAAAUGGCUAAAAUAAAAAAUCCAUGUGGUACAAGAAUGGUUCAAGAUAUGAUGAACAACUUUUCAGUUGUAAAGAAGCAAUGGACUAGGUUUCCAUCGGGGACAACACAUGAGUUAGUACAAUUACUGGCAUUAUGUCCUCAGGAGUUGAAAGUUUUAUUUUCUCAGAAGUCUUGA